UCAUCAGGGAGUGCCGGACGCGUAUGCGGGACAUGGAGCAGCCGGCUAAUCAGUCGAACCGGUCGAACCAGGCAUCCUUGUCAAAUUCCGCUCCGAUCCUGCCAGCGCCAGGAGCUAUUGUUCCCUACCAAGCGCCGUCGAACGAUGUGAGGAACGACCAAGGUGCGAGCGGAUACAAUGGAGGUUACAAUGGCGACUACAAUGGAAGUUACAACAACGGCGGAUAUAGUGGUGGAUACAAUACCGGGUAUCGAAGAUCGUGGAAUCCCGAUCAGAGAGACCGGAACGACAAAGCUGAGAAGAUGUGGACGUGGAUGUCUAGGGAUAUGGAGGACCGUGAAAGAAUCAGAAAAGAGAAAGAGGAAGCUGCGAAGAAAGAGGAGGAGGCAGCAAAAGAACGGGAGGCCGAGGAGAGAAAGCUGAAAGAGGCUAAGGAGAAAGAGGAUUUCAAGGCGAGUAUUGGUCAAAUGGUGGGGAGCCAGAUGAAACUUGUGUGCGAAGAAGUUCUGGGAAAGAGGAUAGGAGAAGGUGAAAGGUUACUACCGACUACUAUCGAUGAAGUGCGUAGAAGAGUGGAAGCUGAAGGACGGAAAGAUCAGGCGUUUGAAGAGUGUCGGAAGAAAGAUGAAGAAAUUCUGAAAUUGAAGCAUACGAUGGCGGAUCUCGAACGCAAGGCAUGCAUGACUGGAGAUGCCGAGCAAGAGCUGCAAGCGUUAAGAUCUGAUAACCAGCACUUGAUUCAGGACGUGAUGUAUUUGAAAGAACAGGUUGAAGAACUGAAGAAAGGGGUGAAGAAGUCGAGUGCAGUGGAGAAGACCGCACGCCAGGAGAAAGAGAAAGAGAAGGGAGCAAGCGUGCCUACACCUGGAGAUUAUGUUAAACUGGCGGAUGCGUACCGGAGACUGAGGGAUGAUAAAGAUAUGGCCGAAAGGGAGGUUCAAGCACUCAAGGAAAGGAUUGGACGAAUUAACGUUGUGUCAACUCCUACUCCUACCAGUAUUAAGAGGAAACGAAUCGCCAUGAAGAGUGGCUCGCCAUCGAACUUGAGGAUCAGGCUAAGCAAAGUGGCUAGCCCAUGCAAAUCCAACGAGACGAACGACAAUGCGAAUGGACACUGCGUCAAAUUCGUGAAAUUGAAAAACGAAGAUCGAGAAGGGUUUCGCAGGCGAGUAUGCGGAGAACUGUCCAAAAUGAAGAAGCGAGAGAUUGAAGGAUUGUGCGAGGAAGAGAAGAUCACGUACGUUACGAUCAAAGCUUCUGCGGAAGAAAUUGCGGCUAUCUACACCGAACGAGCGUUCGGUAAACGGGAAAGCAAACGAACCAUCGGUGAUGACGAUGGAAAGGAAGACGAUAUUUCGGAAGGGUCGAAGGAUCUCACUGGGGAAAAUGACCGCGAAGUGGAGGAAGACGCUUCCACGGAAGGAUGCUAAGGUUGGCUACCGAGCGUUGGUGAGCUUUCUAACCUCACUCUUGCGUGCAGAGAGGCACGUAAGAUUGGUAGACUACAGAAGGAUGGUAAGAUAGAUAAUCUGUUUCGAUUGAUAGUUGUGUUGCUAAUCCUCUCUCGGCAGAUUACAUGGUGUGACAAGUUUAUUCCGUUUCUCCGCUAUUUAUUUUCUAUCAACUACGACUUCGUUUCUUGCCCGGGUCCGUUGGUAUAUGUUUUGGUUUCUCCUUGGUGUAAACAUAUAUAUGUAGGAUGCACUAGCAGACCGAUUAGAUUUCGGUGGAAAGAGCACUUGGAUAGAACUAAUGCUCCGCUAAAUCAAUGCACUAGGAAUCA